AUGGAAAGUGGAGACGAGCGACCGUACCGAUCUCAUACGAAGCCAGCAUGCGUACCAUGCCGGCGGAGAAAAUCGCGAUGCAAAUUGGAGCCCCACACAGCGGCAUGUCUGAUGUGUCGGGCGCAUGGCACAGAGUGUACAUUCCCAAACGGGAAAACAAAGUCAACUCCGCAGAAGCGAUAUUCCACCGAGGCAGGCCCACUACUACCACACCCGAGUUUACGAACUCCAACCGCAGCUAUCCAGCCAUUGAGCGGGCCACCUCUAGUCGCCGCUUCGCCGCAGUUCUCGGUCGUGACCCAGGUCCAGGGCGACCAGGAUACACCGCUGUCUCUCGAGGCCGAAGAUGAUAAUCCCCAUAUCCUCGGUCCAGCUGUAACCGGCGAUAACCACGUCCUGGCUGACUAUCUGUCCAACAUUUCUGGUGGCCAGGGAAUUCGUGAAAUUCGUCCCGUCGAGCCGGGUACAUCCUCAUCGCCGGUCAUAUUCACAAAAGUGCAGAAAAAGCCACUGGGGCUCAUGGUCAACUCUAGUCCGGCAUUGCAUAAGCUGCAGACUAUUGAAAAGCUUGUAGAGCCAUGGGGGCCACAUCUGAUAGAGAUUUAUCUGAAAAAAAUCAAUCCUUGCCUCCCGUUACUUGAAGAAAGCUCCUUUCGGGUGCAAUACACAAAUGCCAGACAUCGCAUCUCUCCCGCACUUUUGGCGUGCAUAUACGCCCAUGUUCUUACCCAAUGGCAACAUGACCCCCUUCUAUCACGAGAAAGGUGCCCAGACGUUCGCUUCGUCUGGAAUCUCGCCAUCGAAGCCUCAUACUCCGAGUUGCAUGCUUCAGCAGGAAUAUCCACGAUCAAAGCUAUUCUGCUUGAUGUUGGCGGCCGUCCAACCACAUCUAUGACGGGUAACGGGGUAAGACUUGGCUCGGCUGUUGCGUUGUGCCAUUCCCUUGGUUUAAAUCGAAAUCCACUUCCGUGGGAUAUCCCGCAAGCCGAGAAACACUUAAGAAUGAAGAUAUGGUGGUCUAUUUUACUCCACGAUCGAUGGUCAAGCCUCGCAUAUGGGACACCUCCUCAUGUCAGAAGGUCACAAUACGACGUACCACUACCAAUACCCGAGUAUCUAUCAGAUUGGGAACGAGAUCACGAAGCAAACGCAGUUUUCAUCGAGCUCAUGAACUUAACCGACGUGCUGGACCAUUGCCUGGAGCAAGUGUACAGCAUUCGAAUUGAGAGCCAAGGACCAAGCAAGAACUUAGAAUUGGAGUUGAACAAAUGGGUCGACUCACUCACAGGAGACAUCCGCAAGAUCAUAAUCCGCGGUUCAAACCUGGAUAUCCCUGGUGCUUCAAAUCUCCGUCUCGCGUAUUUGGCGACAAGACUCCUCCUCCGGCGCAUUGACCUAGAUCGCGAGCGGCAAGCACCGAACUCCAAUGCAGAGCACAUGGCCAACCGAGUCAUGGAGGCACGCAGGACCGCUGAAGACAUUGUGGUUCUGGUCCAGGAACUCGGAGAGCCGCAAUUGGGUGAUUACUGGCUACCUGUUGUAGCGUUCACAUUUUCCGCAACGGUGACAUUCUUAAUUCGGUGUGCGCUAGAGACGGAGCAGGCAGCAGGCCUUGCACAAAGUGGUUCGCUGCGAAUGGCAAGUGACCUUUUGGAAUCGUUGCGAAUGCACCGGAAGAACUUUGGGUGGGAUCUAGGUGAUAUCUGCCUGGCGCAGCAUUCCGAUGUUAUUGAUAAGCUAUUAAGGUCAGAACCACCGGCUGAGAAAUCGGGGGAGCCAAAUGUUGAGAUGCGUCAGCCGUUCGUGCCCGAUAUGGCUUUUCUUGAUGAUAUGUUUCCGAGUACUUGGGACAUAUUACAAAUUAUGGAAUGA